GAAAACCUUCGAUGUCCUCACUCUGUCCCUUUUAGUGCUGUAUUCAUUAUUCGACAUUUCCUCUGUUGGUUCGAUUUCUGUAUCUACACAAAGUCGUGAAUCCUGAUAAUGGCGAAGGAGAUUCCAUGUUUCGAGUUGAACACCGGAGCAAAAAUUCCCUCGGUUGGCCUCGGCACGUGGCAGUCCGAGGCUGGUCUCGUCGGUCAAGCUGUUGAAACCGCCGUCAAGGUUGGAUACCGCCAUAUUGACUGUGCUCGAGCGUAUGGAAAUGAAAAGGAGAUAGGUUCAGUUUUAAAGAAGCUGUUUGAUGAUGGAGUUGUGAAGAGGGAGGAUUUAUUUAUUACCUCCAAACUCUGGUGUACCGAUCAUGCACCAGAAGAUGUGCCCGUGGCAUUAGAUAAAUCAUUGGAAGAAUUGCAACUUGACUAUCUUGAUUUGUAUCUUAUUCAUUGGCCUGUCCGGAGGAGGAAGGGUUCCGUUGGCUUUAAACCAGAAGAUCUUGUUCCUGCUGAUAUACCUAACACGUGGAAGGCCAUGGAAGCACUCUAUGAUACUGGUAAGGCCCGGGCUAUUGGGGUUAGCAAUUUCUCCACCAAAAAGCUGGGUGAUCUAUUGGAUGUAGCUUGUGUUCCACCAGCUGUCAACCAAGUUGAGUGCCAUCCAUCAUGGCAGCAGACCAAACUGCGAGAAUUCUGUAAAUCCAAGGGAGUUCACCUCUCUGGAUAUUCACCACUUGGCUCGCCUGGCACGGUAUGGCUCAAAAGCGAUGUCAUCAAACAUCCUGUUAUAGUCACUACUGCAGAAAAAUUGGGUAAAACACCUGCACAGGUUGCCAUUCGAUGGGGUUUACAGAUGGGGCAUAGUGUACUUCCCAAGAGCACACAUGAAUCAAGGAUCAAGGAGAACUUUGAUGUUUUUGAUUGGUUUAUACCCCAUGACUUAUUUGCCAAGUUCUCUGAAAUUGAUCAGGCAAGACUACUUCGAGGUACUUCGUUUGUCCAUGAGAAGUUCGGCUCAUUCAAAACUGUUGAAGAUCUGUGGGAUGGUGAGCUUUAAGCUUGCUGUUUAAUGUUACAUGUAUCGGAAGGAUUGGAAAAUAUUUCAUAUAGUCAUCAUCUACAAUAUUAUGAACUUGAAAUAAAUUUGUGCAUCUAAGCUGGCUUUACUGCAAGCAUUCCUAGUUAAAACAAGGAUAAACGUUGAUGUUCUGACAUCUUAUAAUUUCUACUUAUUAUAAAAUUCGUCUUGGGAAUAUAAUGUUCGUCAGUAAUGCUUCCCUUGAAA